UUUUAUAAAAUAAAUUAAUUUAUUGGCAGAUUCCAAAUUUGCACGAGGAUAUAGAUAGACUGAUCGGUCAUUGUUGCCGUUAUUUCAACUUCUCCGGUGAAGAAAGAAGGAGAGAAGAAAAAAAAAAAAAAAACAGGGAACUAAGAUUUUUUUUUUUUUUUUUUUUUCUUCUUCUUCGCGGAUUUCCGGUAAAGGAUAACCACCAAACCUUCAUAUCAUAAUCAAUUUCUUCCGUGCAAGCAAAAUCCGAUUCGAAAUCUCGCCAAAAGUCUGACCCAUUUGGCUUAAUUUACUAAAGAGUUCAUAGCCGGCGGAAUUUCUCAGUUUCGAAAAUGGAUUUCUGGCCGGAAUUUCUCGCUAACAGUUGGGGGAAAGAGUUCAUAGCCGGCGGAAUCGGCGGCAUCGCCGGCAUCGUCUCCGGCUACCCACUCGACACCCUUCGCAUCCGACAGCAACACUCCACCUCUGGUUCCGCCAUUAGCGUCCUCCGUAACAUCAUGUCCAACGGCGGCCCAGCUGCCCUCUACAGAGGAAUGGGCGCUCCACUCGCUUCCGUCACUUUCCAGAACGCAAUUGUUUUCCAAACAAACGCGGUGCUCUGCCGAGCGUUCGAUCCGGCGGUAACGGACAACCGUCCACCGUCGUACAAGGCAGUAGCAUUAGGCGGAUUCGGCACCGGAGCAUUACAGAGCCUAAUUCUAACACCGGUGGAGCUCGUUAAGAUCCGCCUUCAAUUACAGGAUCUGGGUUCAUCGAGCCACUCAGAUCUGGGUUCAUCUCGGCCCGGGCCGAUGCAGGUUGCGAAGAACAUAUUCAAAACCGAAGGCUACAAAGGGCUUUACAGAGGCUUAACAAUCACAAUGCUAAGAGACGCUCCAUCCCAUUGUUUUUACUUCUGGACAUACGAAUUCAUGAGAGAAAAGCUUCAUCCCGGUUGCAGGGAGUCCGGGCAAGAGACAUUGAGAACGAUGCUCGUCGCCGGCGGUUUAGCCGGCGUGGCCAGUUGGGUGUGUUGUUACCCACUGGAUGUGGUUAAAACCAGACUCCAAGCUCAAUCGAAAAUGUCGUUUCAAAAGUACAGUGGAAUUGUGGACUGUUUCUAUAAGAGCGUGAAAGAAGAAGGGUACAGUGUGUUAUGGCGGGGAUUGGGAACCGCCAUUGCAAGAGCUUUUGUAGUGAAUGGAGCCAUUUUUUCUGCUUAUGAGCUGAGCUUGAGAUGUCUGUCCAACAAUGGAGGAUUUCAUGCUGAAAACACCAUUUAAGAGAAUUGGGGUUUUUUCCUGAUUUCCA